AUGAAUCUUCGACAAGACUUCAACGAGGAUACUGAACAAGCCCUAGGACCAGCUCUCUUCUCAUUCAACUCUUUGACGACCUUGUGCGAAGAUGAAACCAUAAAGAAACAUGGCAGCGAUGCUAAAGCCACGCCCUCAAGAUCGGAAUCUAGACUACACGAAAGCAGUGACGGAAGCAUCUCUACAUACUCACCUGUGACUUGGGAUGGGCCGGAAGACUCAGAAAAUCCCAAGAACUGGAACCGAAGACAGAAAUGGACAACAUCUUUGAUUAUAUCAUCGUUCGCGUUCCUAUCUCCCCUGUCCUCAUCGAUAGCCGCCCCAGCUCUAGGACCGAUCAGCCACGACCUGCACAUCCCCAAUGAGGUGGAGCGGCAAUUAGUGCUCUCAAUAUUUCUCCUCACAUACGCAUUAGGACCUUUCGUAUUGUCUCCUUGCUCGGAGAUAUGGGGUCGAACCCCUAUUGUACGAGUUGGGAAUUUGAUCUUCAUUGUCUCGACUGCCCUUUGCGGGUUUGCAGCAUCAAAGGAGCAGAUCCUGACCUUUCGCUUCCUUGCUGGAAUAGGCGGCAGUGCGACUAUAGGGAUGGGCAGUGGCGUACUAGCUGACUGCUGGAAGCCAGAGGAGAGAGGGAAGGGAAUUGCAUUCAUGCAAUUCGCCCCCGUUUUGGGACUCGCAGUCGGCCCUAUUGCGGGUGGGUAUAUCUCUCAAUACGCUACCUGGCGAUGGACCUUUUGGUCCGUGGUAAUCUUGAACUUCACGGUGCAAGUCAUCGCCUUUAUCUUUCUUAGAGAGACAUACGCCCCACGACUUUUGCACCUGAAGGCCAAGCGACUGCGUAAGCUCUACAACGAUAUGUCCAUUAAAACGGAGUGGGAAAAGCAGGAGCGCACACUCGCUGUCAUCCUCAGGACCAGCCUAUCUCGCCCAUGGAUCAUGCUCGCUACUCAGCCCAUUAUACAAAGCCUCGCGCUCUAUCAGGCGUUCAAUUUUGGACUACUAUAUCUCAUCAUAUCUAGCUUUCCGAGACUGUGGGAGCAUUACUAUGGCAUGCACAAAGGGCAAGCGAGCCUGAACUACAUCUCUAUUGCCGUCGGAGCAUUGAUCGGUGUUUUGAUCUCCGCCCCAGCAAUGGACAUGAUUUAUCAAAGACUCAAACGACGUCGAGGUAUUGAGAAGGAUGAGAAGGGAUUCCCGGAGUUUCGCAUUCCAUUAAUGGUUCCCGCUUCUCUUCUUACGCCCUGUGGGAUAAUGCUUUUCGCCUGGACUGCGCAAAACAAGAUGCACUUCAUGCUUCCCAACGUGGGUAUAGCCAUCACUAUCGGCAGCAGCAUGGUAUCAUACCAAUGCAUUUCGGCUUACAUCGCCGAUUGCUAUGCUCUUCACACUGCUUCGGCCUCGGCGGCUUGUUGCUUCAUGAGAUCCAUGUUUGCAUUCGCAUUCCCACUGUUCGUCCCGGCGUUGUUCAGGAAUCUUGGCUAUGGCCUAGGUGGGAGUUUGCUAGCCAUCAUUGCAGUGGUGAUUGGUGUGCCAGCGCCUUUGUUGCUCUGGAGAUAUGGAGCAAAGCUACGGACUCUCAGUAAAUUUGGUGUUGCUGAAUAG